AUGUCCAACCAGCAAGUGGGUACGGUGUUCGAGAAGGUGAUCCAGGAGGUCUGCGAUUCCUCCCAGGUUGACUUUGAGGAGAGUGGUGUUGAUCAAAAGACACUGCAUGAUCUGCGCGAUCACUGGCAGCAAAAGCUCUCUUCUGUCAACGUCGCCCAUUUCCCCUGGGAUCCUGCUCCUCAACCUACUCCCCAAGCUCAUGUCCUUCCCCCUCAAUCCACCGUUCCCUCCAAUGCGCCACGACCACCCCCGCAACAACAUGUCCCUCCCCCUGUCUCUCUACCUCAGGCGCCCCCGAUGCAGGCUGCCGCCUCACAACCCGCGACGAUGGCUGGCCCUCGUAUCAAGACUGAGCCUGGCACCAACGGACAAGCUAUACCGCCAAACAUGACCAACUCGAUGGCUUCUAAUGCGCCUCUUCAUUCCGCACGAGAGCGGGCUAUGAACAACGUGCUUCACAAGUACGGCCCAGCUGCGGCUCAGACUGUCAGCCAACUCCAACAACCUGGCCAGGCCUAUCAGUCGCAGCCACAGCCACAGCCGCAAAUGCAUGCCCCCAACGGUCAGAUGCCUCAGAUCAAACAGGAGCCCGGCUAUCCUCAAAUGGGCCCAGGCCAGACCGAUGGCGCUGGUGAUUCAUUGUCCGACUGGAAAGCAGAGGUCGCCCGUCGCAGAGAAGCUGCGCGAAAUGGAGAAGGUGACCGGCUUCUUCGUGACCACUUCAAGCAGCAGAUGCUCGGCCUUGAGGCCGGUGGUCUUCUCCAGCCUUCCUCCGGAGCCGGGUCGUCGAGAUCGGCUGCCAGACGCGCUGGCUUGGUCGCGCCUUUGAACCAAGGUAGCACCGAGAAUACAGCAUCCACCUAUAGAAUUCCUGCCCAAUUUGAUGGCGCCGAGGACGAACCCAAGGAGGAAGCUGAUGAAGAUGCUAUCAACUCCGACCUUGAUGACCCUGAUGACCUGGUCGCUGAUGAUCACGAUGCCGAUGAAAUGGAUGGUCAGGUCAUGCUUUGCACCUACGACAAGGUUCAAAGGGUCAAGAACAAGUGGAAGUGCACCUUGAAGGAUGGAAUCCUAACUACUGGUGGCAAGGAAUAUGUCUUCCAUAAGGGCCAGGGAGAGUUUGAGUGGUAA